GGGCAGGUGACGGACGCCCCGGCGGUGGAGCAGGCAGUGCCGGCGAGGCGACAGGGCCUAGCUAACUGCCCCCGAGGCUCGUGUUGGGGCCGGGAACGCACCGGGGUUCGGUCCAGCCGGCGAGUCGCCCUUUUUCCAGCCGCCCGCAGUGGUAGCUCGGACCGCCGGGGCCAGGGUACUCGCGAGCGCGGCGUGUGGGAGACGGCGCGGCCCCUGGGCGGCCCCAGCUCGGCCGUGUUCGGUCGCCCGGGAAGCACCGGGCUAAGCUAGGAGCAGCAGGCCAGAGGACCUUGGAGGGCCUCGGGCCCGGGGACCCGAGGAGGAUGAGCUGGCUCUUUCCCCUGGCGAAGAGCGCGUCAUCCUCCGCGGCCGGGUCCCCUGCCGGCCUCACCAGUCUCCAGCAGCAGAAGCAGCGGCUGAUCGAGUCACUCCGGAACUCCCAUUCCAGUAUAGCUGAAAUACAAAAAGAUGUGGAAUACAGAUUGCCAUUCACAGUAAACAACCUGACAAUUAAUAUUAAUAUAUUACUUCCUCCACAGUUUCCUCAGGAGAAGCCAGUGAUUAGUGUUUAUCCACCAAUAAGACAUCACUUAAUGGAUAGUCAAGGAUUAUAUGUUACCUCGCCAUUAGUAAGCAAUUUUACAAUGCACUCAGAUCUUGGAAAAAUUAUUCAAAGUCUUUUGGAUGAGUUCUGGAAGAAUCCUCCAGUUUUAGCUCCUACUUCAACAACAUUUCCAUACCUGUAUAGUAAUCCAGGUGGGAUGCCUCCAUACCCCUCUCAGGGGUUUCCAUUUCUUCCUUCAUAUCCUCCACAAGAAGUGAACAGGACUAUUACAUCCUUGUCUGUAGCUGACACUGUUUCUUCUUCAACCACAAGUUACACCGCAGCUAAGCCGGUGGCGCCUUCAUUUGGUAUCCUUUCAAGUCUGCCAUUACCGGUUCCCACAACUGAAUCUUCAGCAUCGAUUAACCAAAAUGGUUUUGGUUAUAAGAUGCCGGAUAUUCCUGAUGCAUUUCCAGAACUUUCAGAACUAAGUGUGUCACAGCUCACAGAUAUGAAUGAACAGGAGGAGGUAUUACUAGAACAGUUUCUGAUGUUGCCUCAACUAAAACAAAUUAUUACUGACAAGGAAGACUUAGUAAAAAGUAUCGAGGAAUUAGCAAGAAAAAAUCUCCUUUUGGAACAUAGCUUGGAAGGCAAAAGGCAGACUGUUUUAGAUAAGUAUGAAUUACUUCUACAAAUGAAAUCUACCUUUGAAAAGAAGAUGCAAAGGCAACAUGAACUCAGUGAGAGUUGUAGUGCAAGCGCUCUACAGGCAAGACUGAAAGUAGCUGCACACGAAGCUGAGGAAGAGUCUGAUAACAUUGCCGAAGAGUUCUUGGAGGGGAAAACUGAAAUAGAUGAUUUUCUCAAUAGCUUCAAGGAAAAGAGAACAAUUUGCCACUGUAGAAGAGCUAAAGAAGAGAAGCUUCACCAGGUGAUAGCGAUGCACAGCCAGUUUCAUGCUCCUCUCUAGAUUUUCCUGAAAACAUGAACUACCAAGAGAGAAAUGGGACACACGCCUAAGCACACUGUUUCUAUUUAUGACUUAGGGAUGGGCACUCCCGACCAUGGCUGAGGUCCAGAUGGGCUGUAGAUUGUCUAUCACCUGAGACUGAUUUUGUAUUGAUUAGAAUGACUGCUAUAUUUGAGAAAACUUUCUGCACUAUUUGCACUAAAGAUGUUUAUUGAUGACAAAUCCUGUAUUUAAGUUCCUCUGCUAUUUCUGAUUAAACAUCUAUGCAUGUAAUUCUAGCUAAUUUUUAAUAUUUUAUAAAAACUACUGAUUUACAUUUUUAGUUUUAACUUGAAGCCGCCUCAUUUAUCAAGAGUGGUUAUUACUUACUCUUUCUCCUAUCAGCCUUCUUCAAAACCUAUCUUCAGCUGUGGAAAAGUCAUCCAGCCCACCCCCUGAUACACACAGACACACACACACACACACACACACACACACACACACACACACACACCUUUCUUUCUAGAUGAUGAGACUGCCCAGAGCAGUUUGUUUUCAGGAAGCAUAUUCAGUAUCAGGAAACAGCAGUCCUGCCAAGGUGCCAUCUCAAGAAAGCAACCUGUAAUGCCUGCAGUAAAUAAGAGUGAAGAAUCUACUUUCUUACAGUUUCACUUUCAGACUAAAGAUACAUUUAGGGAGCAAUACAGGUCAAUACGUUGGUUUUAUUUUGUUCUGGAACAGGUCGCACUGUGUAGCCCAGUCUAGCCUCAACCUUGUGCUUCUCUUCCCUGAGUACAGGGUUACAGACAGGUGCCAUUCAUCUCAUAAAUAGAUAUUUUACUUAUUUUUAAAACUGCCUUUCACUUAAACCAGUACAAUACAGACUUUCGUGCUAACUAAAAUAAAUAAGUAUAUAUGGGUUUUAGUUAAAUGAUACUCCUUUUAUAUUCCAAAUGUAAAAAAAAAAUCCUUUUGUUAAGAAAUGGUAAAUCUAGGCAAAAAUAGUAAAAUUUUAAUACUUUGACUUAACUUUUUAAAAGUGUUUUUCCUAAGAAAGCUUUAUAAUAACAAGUAAUAUUGUCUUAAUUUUUAAUUUAAUUUUCUAAUUGUAGAUGUAUUCAGCAAUUUGUUUCUGUAUUUUGUCGCAGAGCUAAAGAAGAAAAUGAGUACAUAUCUGAGGUUGGUAAGGUAGGAUCUAAAUCACUAAAUACCCUAACACAUAAUUGCUCAGUUUCCAUCCAUGACUGUCAUUCUAAAGCCUGCAUACUUAUGGAUUGUCUUCAUUUUUCUUACUCUACAUAUUUUUGAUAAUGGAGUUUUAAGAAAGUCAUAAAUAUUUUCUUAUUGAAAUUUUUUUCAUGUUUGUGGAAGACGUAUUCAUGUGGACUGUAAAGAUCCAAUGCUGGCUGUACACCGUAACUGCCUGUCUUCCUGGCAUUACUGUUAAGGGUAUGCUAUUGAAUUCUCAGGCAGACAAAGGGUAAACCUGUUAUUCCUGAUACAGAUGUAGGUGAGAUAACAGAUGAAGUAAUGUUUCACAUUGUGACCAACUCGGGGGGCAUUCAGAGACUUCUGGGUGUACUGGUGUUUGUGUUUAACAUUCCCAGCAGUCACUGUAGUCAGGGGAGAAUUUGCCAGUCACAGUCUAGUUGUUUUCUUAAAAACCAGGGAUAUCCCAGAACAAGAGACCGGCAGACUGCGGGCCUUCUUAAGCAUCUGCUAAACACCUCAGCAUUGUAGAAAGACUACCCAGAGACAACACAAGUGUGACACACACACACACACACACACACACACACACACACACACACACCUCACUUGCUCACCCAGGCCAGGGCAUGCUUUUCUUUAAACUUGUAUUAUCCAAGUUUCAUUGUCACUUAAGGAAGCAAAAUUCCCCCCCCCCCCCAAAAAUUCAGAGAGCCUCUUUACAAUCCAGACAUUAAACCAAGACAUUUGACCACAGUUGCUUACAUUUAACAAGUUGACAAAGUUGUUCAGACAUGUUUAUUACUUGUAGUGAAUAUCUGAAUAUGCCAGUGUGAAUUUGCAUUCUUUGUUUUCAGAAGACAGAGUACAUGGUUGUAAUUUUAUGGCCAUAUUUCUUCUUUGUAAAAAUUGGCUACAGAUCUGAAUACCAAAGCACAUACUCGGAUUUUACUUUAGUAUAAUAUGGGAGACUUAUUAUAAAGGAAAGCUUAGGAAUUACUGGACUAUCUAGGUAGAAUUUGUCAAGAAUAUUUAAAGGUAGGCAGUAACAAGUUAGUAAAGUCAAAGUUGGGUGAAAACUUCAGAUUAAAUUAACAAAGUAUAGAACAAGGGUUGUUUGACCACAGUUUACAUAUUUAAAUUGCAGGACAGCUAAGAUUCUGUUGUAGGAGAAAGAAGUAAAUUAAAGUUGUGCUUUCUGUUAUUUUAAGGCAGGAUUUCUAGCCCAGACUGCACUCUUUGAUGUGGCUGAGGAUGACCUUGUCCUUCUGGUCUUCCACCUCCUGAGUACUAGGAGCCUAAGCAUGUAUCACCAACCCCAGUUCCUGGGGAGCCUGGGGACUGAGCUCAGGGCUUCAUGCCUGUGAGGAAGGCACUCUAUCUAUGGCUGACCUGCAUCCUCUUAAGGAGUGAAAACUUGGGCUGGGGAGGUGGCUCAGUGCCAACUUGUGUGUCAUGCAAGCAUGAAGGACUGGAUUCAAAUUCUCAGGACCUAUAUAAAAACCUGGCACACGGUAGAACAGGCUUGUAAUUCCAUUACUCCUUACAGGAGAGGAGAAUGAGAGAAUCCUCCCAGGAAGGUUUGCAGAGCAGUUUAUAUAGUGGGCAGAAUGGCAGCAAACGAGGCCCUUGUUACAAACAAGGUGGUGGGCAGGGCCUGGCCCUUGUUCUGUUCUCUCACUUCAGCACUGAAGGUUGCUGGGAGGCUCCGUUUUGUUGAAGUUGUCAAAUGACUUGUUCAAACAUGAUCAAAUUACUAAUCAAUUGAGCUGUAACUAUUAAAGGUUGGGAAGUAAUGUCUUGAAUCAGAUAUAUAUUGAAGUAUUCUCUGAAACACUGCAUUAAGUAAUAAAACACUUCACAACUGAAGCUUCACUUAGAAUGAACAUGUAGUACUAGAGACUUUUAGUUGAAGUGACCAUGACUUAUCCAGGGACUCUGAAAGGCAGGCUGCAGGGAAUGUGUGUAGCUUCAGUAUUGAUCUGUAAAAAAAUAAAAAUGACUCCAUGAACACACACCUAAAUUAUGUCUUGUAAAGAGAUGGAGGGAACAAAAAGUGUGUGGCUCUGAUGCUAAAGGUGUCACAUUAAAAAGUAAAAAUUUAAAAUACAUACAUACUGCUUGUUUUUCCAAAUAUGUAGUCCAGUUUGGCAUAGAUGAUGUUUUAUCUUUGUUGUUGACCUAUUGUCUACUAUAAAAAACAGAGGCAAUAGCAUUUCUAAGAGCAGGUACUAUAAAAAUGGCGAAACAGCCAGGCAUCUUGACACACACCUUUAAUGCCAGCACUUAGGUGGCAAAAGCAGGCAGAUCCCUGAGUUUGAGGUCAGCCAGGGCUACAUAGUCAGAUGUUGUCUUAAAAAAAAAAAAAGAAAAAAGAAAGUGAUUCAUGUUACAAAGCUGUAAAAGCCAUUCCCACUAUAUCCCAUGUUUAUUAGCUAUUAGAUAUAUUAUAGGAAAUGAGUAAAUAUUCCUUAUGCUUACUUGGGAAACUUUCCAACAGAAAAUGCUCAAUUUAACAUCUAAAGGAAUUACACUUGCUUUAUUUUUGUAUUAAUAAUAUUUUUAUAUUACAGGCCUUUAGUAUAUUAAAUUCAUUCUGUCUUCAAAUGUGAACACUAUUAUAUUGUAUGACAUUAUGUGAUGUGUGUGUAUGAUUCACACUAUGUUUUAAGUCUCUUGUCCUUUCAUAUUACUGUAUUUCUAUUUCCAAAAAAAAUGAAUACAUUAUAUGAUAAAAAUUUUCACACUUUAAAAUACUGUUAUAAAAAACUAAGAUUAAAUGUAUCUUUCUGUUAGAAUGUACUUACAUUGUAAAAUCAUAUAAGAACAUUUCAUUAUGUUCAAACACAGCAACAUUUCUCCAGUAAGAGUUUUCAGAUCAAAAGCUCAAUUCAAAUCCUGUUUUAAAUGCAUUUUAACAGAAACUUCAGAAAUGCCAUUCAGUAGUCCUGGUCAUGAAAUAUUGCUAAUGUUACAGAAAACAUUACCUUUCUAUAUAAUUUGUAAAAUGAAAAGUGCUAUUAUAACCUUUAUUCCCUGUGUUUAGCAGAUGGGUUGGGGGUUUGAAGAAUGGCUCCCAAAGGCUCAUCUAUUUGAAUGCUCUGUUCCUGGUUGGUGGAACUGUUGAGGAGGGAUUAGGGGGUGUGACCUUGUGGAGGGGGUAUGUUCCUGGGAGCUGCCUUUAAAUUUUCAAAAAGCCCAUGCCUUUUCUAGUUAGCUCUCACUGCCUCUUGGUUGUGUCUUGAGAUGUGAGCUGUCAGCUACUGCUCCAAUGCCAUGCCUGCUUGGCUGCUACCAUGCCUUCCACCAUGAUGGUUGUAGAUUCUAACCCUCUGAAACUGUAAGCCCCCAAUAAAUUCUUUAUUCUA